CGAGGCCACAUGGCAGCCUCCGCCGCUUUUGCCCCCGUCUUCUCCGCCCUUCCACCCCAACCGCUUCCCAUGCUCUCCACGCUUCUCCGCCGCCUCGACGCCGCCUCGACGCCGCCGCUCCGCGCACUCGCCGCCAUGUCGUCGUCCGGCGGCGCGUCCUCCUUCUCCUCCUCGUCGUCGGGGCACGGAGGGCGGGCGCCGAACCGCCUCGCCGCCGAGCACAGCCCCUACCUGCUGCAGCACGCGCACAACCCGGUCGAUUGGUAUCCCUGGGGAGAAGAGGCUUUCGAGAAAGCUCGCAGAAAAGACGUUCCCAUCUUUCUAUCAAUUGGCUACAGCACAUGCCAUUGGUGUCAUGUAAUGGAGGUGGAGUCUUUUGAGAAUGAUGAAAUCGCAAAGAUCCUAAAUGAUGGGUUUGUUAGCAUCAAGGUGGAUCGUGAAGAACGACCGGAUGUGGACAAGGUGUAUAUGACAUAUGUGUCAGCACUGUAUGGCGGUGGUGGUUGGCCUUUGAGUGUAUUUUUGUCCCCUAAUUUGAAACCGUUGAUGGGUGGUACAUACUUUCCUCCCGAUGAUAAGUAUGGAAGACCAGGGUUCAAGACUAUUUUAAGGAAGGUUAAGGAGGCCUGGGAAACUAAACGCGAUGCGCUUGAGAAGACAGGAAAUGUGGUCAUCGAACAACUGAGAGAUGCAUUAUCUGCUAAGGCUAGCUCUCAAGAUAUGCCAAAUGAUCUGGCUGUUGUUUCUGUGGAUAAAUGUGUUGAAAAGUUAGCAGGCAGUUUUGAUCCAAAAUUCGGUGGAUAUGGCUCUGCUCCAAAGUUUCCAAGGCCUGUUGAAAAUUGUGUAAUGUUAUAUAAAUUUCGGAAGCAUUUGGAAUCUCAACAGGUGAGUGAAUCCCAAAACAUAAUGAAGAUGGUAACUCAUACAUUGGAAUGCAUGGCAAGGGGUGGAGUUCAUGACCACGUUGGAGGUGGCUUUCAUAGAUAUAGUGUGGAUGAGUGCUGGCAUGUCCCACAUUUUGAGAAGAUGUUGUACGACCAAGGACAGAUAGCUAAUGUAUAUCUAGAUACAUUUCUGAUCACGGGAAAUGAGUAUUAUUCUUCUGUUGUACGUGAUAUACUUGAUUACUUGAGGAGAGACAUGAUCGGAGAAGAAGGUGAAAUUUACUCAGCAGAAGAUGCUGAUAGUGCAGAAUAUGAUGGUGCCCCAAGAAAAAGGGAGGGGGCUUUCUAUGUGUGGACUAGUGAGGAGAUCGAAGACACACUCGGGGAUAAUGCUGAGCUAUUCAAGAAUCAUUAUUAUGUCAAAUCAUCUGGCAAUUGUGACCUCUCGGGGAUGAGUGAUCCUCACAAUGAGUUCAAGGGGAAAAAUGUGCUAAUAGAAAGAAAACAAGCUUCUUUGAUGGCAUCGAAGUGUGGCAAGUCUGUUGAUGAAUAUGCUCAUAUCCUGGGGGAUUGUCGGCAUAAGUUGUUUGAUGUCCGGUCAAAAAGGCCAAGGCCGCAUUUGGAUGAUAAGGUUAUUGUCUCAUGGAAUGGACUAGCUAUAUCUGCUUUUGCAAGAGCUUCCCGAAUUCUGAAAUCAGAACCAACUGGAACCAGAUUCUGUUUCCCAGUAACUGGGUGCAAUCCAGAGGAAUAUCUUGGAGUUGCAGAAAAGGCAGCACGUUUUAUAAAGGAAAAAUUAUAUGAUGCAAGCUCAAAUAGGCUGAAUCACAGUUAUCGAAAUGGGCCAGCAAAAGCACCUGGUUUUUUGGAUGAUUAUGCUUUCCUAAUCAGUGGGUUGCUGGAUCUCUAUGAGUAUGGUGGUAAGAUAGAGUGGCUUAUGUGGGCUGCACAGCUUCAAAUCAUUCAGGAUGAAUUGUUCUUAGAUAAACAAGGUGGUGGCUAUUUCAAUACUCCUGGAGAAGACCCUUCUGUUCUUCUGCGUGUUAAAGAAGAUUAUGAUGGUGCAGAGCCUUCUGGUAACUCAGUAGCUGCUAUAAACUUGAUCAGAUUGUCCAGUAUAUUUGAUGCUGCAAAAUCUGAUGGUUAUAGACAUAAUGUUGAGCAUCUCCUGGCCGUCUUCCAGAAGAGGCUGAGGGAACUUGGUAUAGCAUUGCCGUUGAUGUGUUGUGCUGCAGACAUGUUAUCUGUCCCCUCCAGGAAGCAGGUGGUGCUGGUGGGUAAAAAAGAAUCGGCUGAAUUUCAACAAAUGGUUGCAGCCGCGUUUUCGACAUAUGAUCCAAAUAGAACUGUGAUCCAAAUAGACACCAGGGACACGGAGGAAAUGGGAUUCUGGGAGAGCAACAACGCGAAUUUCGCGCAAAUGGCACGGAGCAGCCCGCCGGGGAAGCCAGCGGUGGCGCACGUCUGCCAGGACUUCAAGUGCAGUCCUCCGGUGAGCUCUCCAGAUGCGCUCCGCGAGCUGCUCAACAAGACGGUGGCAGCUGCCACUUCGUCCGCUGCUGCCUGAGCGAGGCGCCGGCACGGAGCUCCUCUGAAGAAGCGAUAUUACGAGUAAAUAAAUAUAUCUGCAGAGCUUUUUAGCUUUUGAGUUCCUGAAGCUCUUAGAACCACUACGUGUGUAUAUAGAUGUUCUCAAUAAAAGCACUUCUUGUUUUUCAUUUUCUUCUUGAGUUAUAGCCCAUUAGGAGUGUAUGAAUUUCACGCAAACUUCACAUGAGUUACGCAGAAAUCAAUUCAACUCCCGCAUUUAUAAA